GUAAUUGCAUUCUGCGUCAUACUAACAGAAAAAACUCAAGAAAGAAUUAGCUAUGAAUUCACAAAAUACAGCGGCAGAAAAGCAGGCUCAUGUAGUUUGCAUACCUGCCCCAACACAAAGUCAUAUCAAAGCAAUGCUGAAAAUGGCAAAGCUCCUUCACAGCAAAGGCUGUUUCAUUACAUUUGUGAAUACAGAGUUCAAUCACAGACGCUUGGUCAGAUCAGGAGGUCUUGGAUCUCUUGAAGGCCUGCCUGGUUUCGAAUUUGUGACCAUCCCUGAUGGCCUCCCUCCGUCUGAUGCGGAUGCCACCCAAGACGUAAUGGCACUUUCUCAUGGCAUUAUAGAGAACAACAUGCUGCCUCCAUUUCAGACACUUCUUUCGAAGCUCAAUGCUGGAGUCCAUCCAGCUGAUUCGAUUCUCUCGGAUGGUUUCAUGCCAUUCACAACCGAUGUUGCUCAUUCUCUUGGAAUUCCUGUCGUUUUGCUGUGGACGAUUCCUGCUUGUGCAUUUAUGGGAUUUUAUCAAUUCAAGAAUUGCCUUGAUAGAGGCCUUGUACCAUUUAAAGAUGAGAGCUAUCUAACAAAUGGAUAUCUAGACACCAUUGUAGAGGGGAUCCCAGGAAUGCCAGAUAUUCGUCUGAGGGACCUUCCAAGUCAGAUCAGAAUCAUGGAUUCGAAUGAUUUUAUGUUCUACUUUUUUAUGGAAUGUGCUCAGAGAGCAAAGAAUGGUACGGCACUUGUUUUUCAUACCUUCGAUGAUUUGGAACAAGAUCUUGUAAACAUCCUCUCAUCUAUGUUUCCCAAAGUAUACACAAUAGGCCCGCAACAGAUGCUCCUCAACCAAAUCCCAUUAGAUCAGAAAGAGGGUCUGAAGAGCAUUGGAUAUAAUCUUUGGGAAGAGGAAAAAACAUGUCUUCAAUGGCUAGAUUCUAAAGAAACUGAUUCUGUUGUUUAUGUGAACUUUGGAAGCAUAACAGUCAUGUAUGCAGAGCAGCUUAAGGAGUUUGGCUGGGGGCUUGCCAAUAGCAACUUCUGCUUCUUGUGGAUAAUCAGGCCCGACCUGAUCGUGGGUGAAUCCACAAAUAGUAAUACAUUGGGAGUUGAAUUUAUGGAUGCCAUCAAGGGCAGAGGCUUCAUAGCAAGUUGGUGUCCACAGGAAGAUGUCCUCAACCACGCGUCUGUGGGAGGCUUCUUGACACAUGGAGGCUGGAACUCAAUUAUCGAGAGCCUAUCCGCUGGAGUGCCAAUGCUCUGUUGGCCUUUCUUUGCGGAUCAAACAACAAACUGCAAGUUCUUGUGUGACAAAUGGGAGUGUGGACCGGAGAUCCCUAAUAACGUCAAGCGAGACGAUGUGGAGAAGCUUGUCAGACUACUUAUGGAAGGAGUUGAGGGUAAGAAAAUGAGAGAAAAGGCCAUGGAGUGGAAGAAUUUGGCAGAGAAGGCCUGUGGACCUAAUGGCUCUUCUUCUCAGAAUUUGGAUAAACUUGUUCAUCUUUUGAAGAACUAGAAUGAAUCCACCAAGUUGAUCAAAUUAUUUCUCAGCUUUUGCAUGUUCCUUAAGAUUAGCUUAUGCUUACUCUGCUAACGUUCAUUGUUGUAACAAUUUGUGAGAGCUUUCUUUGUUUAAGAUUCAGGUUUUAAUAUUCAACUAAAUUCGAUUUGUUUUGUGAAAUAAAACUUUCAAGAAUCGAUUUGAGUGCAAA